CCGAGUCUCAGCAGCGCUGCUAACGCGCUGGGGGAAGCAGGGUCCUUGUCUGUGGACACCCCCUCCUUUCCAGGCUGUCUCAACUCCAGCUUUUGUCUUGCCUCCCUGCCCUUUUUUAGAGCCGGGUUCCCUGGGACUGUCCAGACCUCCCAAGCUACUUCCUGCCUGUCGGUUUCUCUUGCUAGGACAUAAUGGGGCUAGGAGGGGCAUGGAACCAACGUCAGUGCCCCCGAGUGCCGGCAGGUGGAUGCAGAGGGAGCGGGGGCUGGGUCUCUGACCUGCCAACCUUGAUGGUGGUGGUGGUGGGGGAUUUCCAUGGGAGGGGGAAGGCGCCUCUUCUCUGGCAGAACUAGGACAAGUGUCCACCCCAACCCCCCUCCUCAGGGUCUGAUCCGGGAGUCCGGGUGUGUCCCCAGAGCACUGUGCCAGACAGCUCAUAAGUCAAAGACACAGUCACUUUGGGGGCGGUGUGGGUAUACAGGGGGACCCUCAGCUGCUCUGGUCCCCCAGAAAGGAGCUACAGGGGAUCACAAAUUCAGAAUAUCUGCAGCCAUCCCCUCCUCCAGCUUGGACUGUGCCUGCAGUGCCCUGGAGUGAAACCUUCCUUUAGCUGCCCUCCCCCCUAAUCCCGGCUGAGACCAAGUCAGCUGCUUUAACUUCCCCCUCUGAGUUCCCCACGGCCUCCCAGCCUGUCUGCUGGCUCCAGAUCAGAAGCUGGACAGAGAGCCCUCCCCUCUUCCUGCCUCCUUGUUGACUAACUGGCCCUCCCCUUCUCCCCAACCCUGAAAUAUCUGAGUUUAGGGAUGGUUUUGUUGCUCCCAAUUUGUGAGUCUGUUUCUCGCCCCAGCAUCUGAACACCUCUGCUUUCCUUUGAUGCCUCUGGUCCAGGCGGGGGCAGGUGGAGUGGAGGCUGAGCAGCACAGGGGCAGAGGAGCGAGCCUGCAGCGUGGAGGUGGUUGUCACUGCCCACCCUCCCACAUUCCUGGCGCUUACCUAGUGUUGCCAGAGGCCUAAGCCUGUGCCCUGGCCCCACUACUGAGGAUCAGAAGUUGGCCACUCAGGGCGGCUCUGUGGUUUCCCGCUGAGUCCACUCCAUUCCAGACAGCUGGAGGCUGACGCUGGCAGAGAGAGGGGCUAAAGGGACCCUGAGGAGGGGAGGGAGGGCAUGGGAAGGGAGAAGCAUCCUAAGGGCUGUUUUCUGCCGAGUGAGUGAUCAUUCCAGUUUAGCCCAAGAGAGGACAUGGAUAACAACAACAGUGGGGCCCUUCUCCUGCCUGACGAAUUGAGCCUCAGGGUGGUUGAUGGGUUUGCUCACACCCUGCGGGCUGGUUGGGGCAGGUGAAGAGUGAGGGACCCAAGCUGAUGCCCUUCUUCAAGGCCACCUGCGUGUAUUUUGUGCUGUGGCUGCCCUCAUCCAGCCCGUCGUGGGUCAGCGCCCUCAUCAAGUGCCUGCCCAUCUUCUGCCUCUGGCUCUUCCUUCUGGCUCAUGGCCUUGGGUUCCUGCUGGCCCAUCCCAGCGCCACGCGCAUCCUAGUGGGACUCGUCUUCUCUGCCCUAGGUGAUGCCUUCCUCAUCUGGCAGGACCAGGGCUACUUUGUGCACGGUCUGCUGAUGUUUGCUGUGACCCACGUACUCUACGCCUCAGCCUUUGGCAUGCGGCCACUGGCUCUUCGGACAGGUCUGGUGAUGGCAGUGCUGUCAGGCCUGUGUUAUGCUAUCCUCUACCCGGGCCUCUCGGGUGCCUUCACGUACCUGGUGGGGGUCUACGUGGCCCUCGUCAGCUUUAUGGGCUGGCGAGCUAUGGCAGGGCUGCGGCUGAUGGGGGCAGCCUGGCGUUGGACUGAGCUGGCGGCUGGCAGUGGCGCACUGCUGUUCAUUGUCUCAGACCUGACCAUCGCCCUCAACAAGUUCUGCUUUCCUGUGCCCUACUCGCGGGCUCUCAUCAUGUCCACCUACUAUGCAGCCCAGAUGCUCAUCGCUCUGUCCGCAGUGGAGAGCCGGGAGCCUGUGGAAGACUACAGACUGAGCAAGGCCAACUGAGGCACCAGGGUCUGCUCACCCAUUCCCCUGGGGCUGGACUCCAGACCCUGGGAACCUGCAGGAGCUGGAUCAGGAUGGCUGCAAUGCCAGCCUGGGGCAGCAGGUACCACUUGGGGAACUUGCAAGUUUGAGGGGUAAGCCAGCAAAGGAUCUCCCAAGCAAAGCUAGUGGUACAGGACAGUGCUGAGAGCUAAGAGGGAGCCUCACGCCCUUGCUGGCGCCAGAAGUAGACAUCUCCUCGCCUCUGUCCCAUCAGGAUUGUCGGAGCCCCUGGAGGGUGCUGGUGCUUCUUAAGCCCCUCUUGCCCUACUGGGUGGAAGAGGCUGACUCCAUCUCUUAUGCCCAGGGCCAGUGGCAAGGCUGGGAUCACCCCCUCCCACCAUUUCUGGUCUGCACAGAGUUAAGGGAAAGAUGAGGGAAACCUGGGCUGAGAUGACUUGGGCCAAUGGCACGAGUCCUUCUCACAGGUCCCUAACUGGAAAGAGUGGGUGAGGGUGGAGGCUCCCUUUUCCUGUCUAUCCCUGUUACUUGAACAAUCUCAGUCUCUAAGUAGGGUAGGUGGGAAGGUGAACUGGUGUCUGUCCCCGGUAGGUAGAAGAGGGAACUUCUUUGGUCUGGGAGCUUGGGGUCCCAGGGAUUCAAGUUGUCCCCAUCUCUCUGACAGGCCAGCCCAGAGCUCAGGCCCCACACCACCCCUUCAGACUUUAUCCCUAGGGCUAGAGUGAACCAUGCCAAAGGAAGGGGCCAGCCUGCGCGCGCGUGUGUGUGUGUGUGUGUGUGUGUGUGGUCUCCUGGCCUUCCUGUGUCUUUCUCUGCCUAUGUUUCUGUCCUGCUGUCUGUCUGAGUCUCAUAGGGAGAGGGCCUCAGGGAGCUGCUGAGCCUGGCUCAGAGAGCUGGGGUCCCUCCCCACAAUGCUUACACUCUCAGUGCUUCCCUCUCUGUCCCUCCUGCACUGGGAGCAAGAGGAGGGGCUUCAAUGACACUCUGGGUCUUAAGACUAGAGGCACAGUCAAUGCAAGGGGAGCAAGGAUGGGGCAAGCCCAUCCUCUACUUCCCGUGUGAAUAAAAAUAAAAACUGAGGGCCGUUGGCUGCCUUGCUUGUC